GCCGAGGGUUUCGGGGUUUGCACCACCGUGCUGGGUCUGCGGACUCGAGGACGCGGGAGGCGGCGAGACGCCCUCCCGGCCCGGUUGCGACUCACAGCAGCAGGGUUCUAGUCUGUAUUUCUCUGCCCACUCGAGAUGUUAUCUCGGGCAACUUUCUUUCCCUCUCCGGGUCUCUGUUAAAUGAGGGAGGUGUUGGUGUUGACUUAUGCUUUGUAGUGUUCUGAGUUCUGAGACGCGAGGAGCGUUUUGGCUUCUGGCAAACCCCCUUCCUCCAAUCCCCGCCUGUAAGAGCCAGCUCCGCUGCCCCGGGAGCCGAGUCUUCAGGAAGCCCAGGUACCGGCUAGACGGAGGUUCUGCUGGGCUGUAGCGUUUCCUGGGGCUUUUGAGGACUGAUCUGGGCUUUUGGCUGGCUGUUGGAGGGACCUGACUGCAGAGGAACUGCCCCCAGAUUGCUCAGGAAAGAAUUCCCACAGCAAACUUGAGACUGCUUAUCCUUAGAAAGGCCUGCUUGCAAGCUUGGUCCUUUACUGGUGUCUGGGAACUUGGAUCUGGCCCUCUAAAUGGUAUCACGAGAUGCUCGGGUGCUGCUGCCUCUGCUUGAGUUGAUGACCCAGACACAAGGAGAAUAAACUGAGUCUAAGACUGGUCCAGAGUGGGAGUGUGAGUAGGAGUGCCACUGUGGGAACAGGUGACCUGUCUGGUAAGGAAUGCAGCAUCCUUCUGAGAGCCUUCUUUCCACGUGGUCCCCCAGACCACCACUCCCUCGCUGGAAGAGGUGCGGAGGACUUUGCAAUCAGCUACCUAAAACUUUUGCCAAGCCAACAUAAGACUUUUGCUGCAGAACUGAACGAGAUGUUACUUCAUUUACUUUUUGCAUCUUCUAAUCAUUGAACAACAGUCAUACUUGUUUUGCUUUGAGAACUGUCAGCCAGAUUGGUUGCUCUUAUUUUUGUGUAUGAUUUUCAAAAUGAUUGACUUGAGCUUCCUGACAGAGGAGGAGCAAGAAGCCAUCAUGAAGGUUCUGCAACGGGAUGCUGCCCUGAAGAGAGUUGAAGAGGAGAGAGUCAGACAUUUGCCUGAAAAAAUUAAGGAUGACAAACAGUUGAAGAAUAUGAGUGGUCAAUGGUUUUAUGAAGCCAAGGCAAAAAGGCACAGAGACAGAAUUCAUGGUGCAGAUAUCAUCAGAGCGUCCAUGAGAAAGAAGAAGCUCCAGGUAGCAGCAGAGCAGAAUAAGGACAGAGCAAACGAGGCAAAGGAAAGUUGGGUGAAUAACAUCAACAAACAUGCUUUCCUCCCCCCAGAGCUAACUGGUGCUGUGGAAGAGCCAGAAGAUGUAGCCCCAACGAGCCCAAGUUCUAGCGUGGUAAAUCCAGCUUCCACCAUGAUUGACACGUCCCAGGAAAACACAAGGAAGUCAGCUGUGUCUCCGGCUAAGCAAAGGAAGAAUCCGUUUAAUAGCUCCAAGUUGCCAGAAGAUCACUUAUCUCAACAAACCAAAAGUGAGCUGUCAAAAAAUGGAAAGGCUGGUUUCUUUCAGACUUCAAAAGAAGGUGAACUGUCAGAGUCAAAAGAAAAGUCAUCUGUCCCAGAUACUUCAAGCCAAAAUUUAGAGAAACUAAAGCCGAGAUCUCCAGGCCCCGAGAAUGGAUCUCAGGUCAAACCUCCAAUCCCGAAAGCCAGGAAAAUGCUCCCCAAACCACAUGAGUUAAAGCAAGAUGAUAACCAGUCUUUUCCUCGACAAAGGACAGACUCCCUGAGCGCAAGGGGGGCUCCCAGAGGGAUCCUGAAACGCAACUCCAGUUCCAGCAGCACAGACUCAGAAACAGUUCGUUUCCAUCAGAACUUGGAACCCAAAAGCAAAAUCGUGUCCCCUGGCCUCACCAUCCAUGAAAGAAUUUCUGAGAAGGAGCAUUGUUUAGACGAUGACUCCUCUUCAAACUCCCUGGAGCCAUUAAAGCACGUGAGAUUCUCUGCAGUGAAGGAUGAACUCCCCCAGAGUCCUGGGCUAAGCCAUGGCCGGGAAGUAGGGGAAUUUAGUGUUUUAGAGUCUGACAGGCUGAAGAAUGGAACGGAAGAUAUUGCGGACGUCAAUGAACUUUGGAAUGACCCUAAGCCUUCCCAAUACAGGAAUUCUUUACCUUUACAUCAGUCAGCCUCCAGCCCAGGUGCAUCAAACAGCGAAGCACAUCAGCCAAUGACUUCUGGUUCUUUUCCAAUGAAUGGGCACCAUUCUCCCUUGGAAGGUUUAACUCCAAGACCAGAGUCCAUUGAAAAUUCACCCACCAUCAAUGAACACAAAGCUAAACCAUCAGAAUUAUCAAGCCGUGAAGCAGAAUUGUCCAAAAGCCCUGCUGAUGGACUGUCUUGUGUUGAGCCUGAGCCAUUUCAGGUGCCAGAUCACAGUUCUAGAGACCAUCAGCAAGGUAAGCCCCCUCUUCUCAAGGCCCUAAAAGCUAGGACGUCCUCACACUCUGGUCCAUUUGACACUGAGAUAAGGAAGACAACUGAUGAUUCCAUAUCUAAAGUCCUAGACUGGUUUAAUCGAAGUUCUCAUUCAGAAGACAAUAAGUCACCUCUCCAACAUCCCCAAGGAAUAGAGCUGAAAGAAGAAACAAACUCAGAAUCGCUGACUGCUACUGCCUUAGAGAGAGAUGACACCAGUCUGAAAGAAAAGGGCUCAAAGGCUCUAUUACCCACCAAAGUUAAAUUGAUGCCUGCAGAAUCUGAUUCAACGUUUCAGGGAGAGGGAAAUACACUGCCUUCUAGAACUUGCCAAAAUGAUAACGUGAAUAUCCAAUGCAAAUCCAUUAAUUUGUCCCAACAAGGCAACGAAAGUCCAGGCAUAUUGCAACCAUGUGAAAUCUAUGGCCAAAAUCAAGGGAGUAAAACUAUGGACUAUAGCCAAAGUUCAAAAAAUCGAGGAGAAGGAAAUCGGGUACUUCCCCCAAUCAGUAACUAUUCCUACAGUGCUCUCAAAGGACCUGAUGCAGAAGGCCAAAUUCCAUGCAAUAUUAGCGAUGUUGACAGCUUAGAUGAAGAAGAGCCUAAGCUUCAUGUUUAUGGAAAAAAUAGAGGAAACCCAGAAGUGAAAUUUGACUCAACACUUGUCAAAGAACCAACUUUGAAAGACAACAUGAAGGCAGAGAGAGAGAGCAAAGGAGGGGAUACAUACUUUCUGAAAGCUUCUUUAGAGCCAGAUAAUAUUGAGUCACUACAUGGGGCUACCAAAAACAAAUCUUGGAAGAAGCCUGAGGUCCAAUUACAAGAAGCUGGUGAGGUUCCCAAAAACCAAGUGCAAAGAGAAAAAUACAAAAGAGUAAGUGAAAGAAUAUCUUUCUGGGAAGGUGAAAAAGCUGCUGCUAAGUUAAGUCAUAAAGAACCCACAUCAUCAUGCAGUCAAGGGCAGCCUUCUGCUAAAGCAUAUCAGCCUGUGAAGUCCAUGCACAGUUUAUCUACAGCCCAGAGUGAAUAUAAUCAAGUCACUAGUAAACAAGUGGUCCUAGAUAAGAAUGGCCACACAGCCCAUCUCUCCAGUUUUUGUUCCUCGAAUAAACCUAAAGAGAACAGGCCCCAGAUACCAGGUUCAUCCAAAAAUUAUCCUUCAGUUAAUCAACCAGGUGAAGUGCCUCCAUUUCAGAAUAAGAUAAAUGAGCCUAUAAAAAGAUUGCCUGUGGCAGAGAGUUGGCAUUAUAAAAGGGACAUUACUUUAUCAGCUUGGCAACAUCCUUCAAAGAUUGGAAAUGGAACACAUACUCCUUUGGAAAAAGGCAAAUCUCUAAUUGGUGAAUCAAAUCCCAACUUUAAAGUUACAUCCCUAAAACAAAGAAUGGAUGAACCCAAUACAGAACAGGUUUAUAAUCACUCUCAAUUUGAGCAUUUGAGAAAGUUUUGGGACUCAGGAGCCAAUCCAAACAGUCAAGAGAAUGUUGAGAAGAAUACUACCACAGUAAGCCAAAAAUAUUUGAUGUCUUUUAAUAGUCAGAAACACAAAGAAUUCAGUGACAUUGUAUCAUCAGGAAAGACUAUCCAUGAAAUAGGGACGUUUCCAGGUAAAAAAAAAAUUCUGGCAAGAGAGGAAAUAGAGAAAUUAAAUUCAAAGUGCACACUCCAGGUGUUACCAGAUGAAACCACAUUUCCACUGGGACCAUCCAGAAAAUCUACUCAUCAUUUGCCAGGAAACGAGUCAUCAAAGGAAAAUGUGGAAAAGAAUACCAAAUGGUUUGUUAUGCCAGUGUUCAAGGAGGAAAAGGGUAGCUCAGACCAAGAGAUUCAAGAAUCCAUAGUUAAAACAAGUGUUUUGUCUAAAGACUACAAAGACACUUUUAAUGACAGCUUACAGAAGCUACUUUCAGAAGCUUCAUCACUAGCCAUGCAUCCUUCUGGUGGAAAAGUUCAUGGAAAACAAAUGUCUGAACCAGAUAUUUCUGGAAAUAAAAUAUGGCCUCAAGAUGCAGAUUUUGCUGAGACUGAGGAAGAAGACAACGGACAUAAGGAGACCAUUAAUGAGCAUGUAGACAAAACAGUAGCUCCUGCAAAGGUUAAGCUGAACACCUUGACUGCUAGUCUCGAUAAACUCCUAAAGGAAGCAACUGGAACUUCAUCCUGUCCCUUGCCAGUCGUGUUGGAACCUGCGACCACUAGGAUCAACUCUGAACCUGAAGAAGGUAGAGUUAAUGAAAAAGGGAUAGAAUGGAAUAGCACCUCAGCCUAUCAGAAAGAGAUAGUAGCUCCUUUUCCAAAGGGGAACAAAACUUUAGUAAAUACAGCUGUCUCCCAGAAAGCUGAAAGUGGUCGGUGCCAACUAAGUAUGGAGGACGUAUGUCAGGUGGCUGCAGAAGGUGCUCACCCAUUGGGUCAACCUUCCCAUGUUUACAGAAAAGAUUCUUUUGGGGAUGUGGCCAACUCUCCCCAAGAGAUGCCUUCUUCCAGGGAUGCUUGUCUUGCUCCUCAGGAUAAGGCAUUAUCUUCACAAAGGGAAAUUUCAGAGACUGUAGAAAAAGUCAUUCUUCCACCUAAACCUGCCUUGAAUGAUGUAUAUGCUGUAUUACAAAAGCUACUGAGAGAAGCUUGUUAUCCAGCUGGGAGCGAAGUAGUGCCUGGGGAAGUAAAAGCAGAAUUUCCUGAAGGAGUACAGGCAGCGGGUAGCCCCCAAAAUUCUUCACCAUGGGCUACAACGGACACUACAGUUCCAGACAGAAAUGACUUUUAUUCCUCCAACGUAGCCCCUGAUAAAACUCAUAACUUUGGACCUUAUUUAGCUGCCCGAGUACCUCCAUCAGAACAAACCCGUUGCUCAUGUGAUCCCACUGUUACUCAGUGUGGCAAAGAGUUACCUCAGGAAGUAGCAGAAAUUGUGAGGGAAACAGUUAUUCAGCCUAAAUCAGAGUUCCUAGAAUUCAGUGCUGGCUUAGAGAAACUACUGAAGGAAGCAAUUGAAACCCCCUCCUCGAAAUAUGAAAGUGAUACAGGGACUCUUUCGCCAUCAAAGUUAACAGGUACGGCUGAGGUGUCCGGGCAAGCUGCUUCUGAAUUCCAUCGUGAGGAAAUCAAAGAAACAGUAAAAAAGUCUGAGGCUCCAUCAAUAACUGAGAGUGCUUUCAAUAUUGGUUUUGACAGACUUUUUAGAGAAACUUCUGAGGCUCCUUCUUACCAGCUCCAGGUGUCAGUGAAAGAAGAAACUCCUGAGAAGGAGACUUCCCAGUCAGAGCAGGCCAGUUUCUUGAGGACAGUACCCCAUUUUGACUGGACAGCCUCAGAGGCCUCUGAAAUGAAGCUUACGAGUAAUGUUUUCAAAUCGCAAGCGAACCAGUGUGAUGAAGUGUUGGGAGGUGACAAAGCUGUGACUGAUUUAUCAGUAGAUCUUUGUGGUCCUGAAAGUGGGGUUGAGGUCCCUGGAACACUGCAGUUCUGUGUGGAACAUAAAAUAGGGAUCACUGACACUAGAAACCCUGCAGAGGACAGGGAUAGUGAAAGUGAGGGUGCAGGGGUUCGAGAAGGGGCUUCUCAGGAGCCUGGCUUGGAAGAGGCUCCUAAAGCAAUCAGUGUGUCCAGAAAUAGGCAACCCAUUUCUCUCCUGACAAACACAGAAAACCCUACAGAAACAAGUAACGUCGAAUUGAUUCUGGCAUCACCAUGUAAGAGAAUAGAGAAAACUGAAGAAAAAGAAAGUUUCUCUGACUCUGAUAUUUCAGGUGGAAACUUGAGUUCCAAUGCAGAAAGCUGGAGAAAAACUUCCAGUUCAGAAGAAGAACCCAGUCCUGUCUUGAAAACAUUGGAAAGGAGUGCUGCUAGGAAAAUGCCUUCCAAAAGUCUAGAAGACAUUUCAUCAGAUUCACCAAAUCAAGCAAAAGUAGAUAAUCUGCCAGAAGAAUUAGUACGUAGUGCUGAAGAUGAUCAAAAACCAGAUCAGGAACCAGAUACAAAUGAAAGCAUACCAGGAAUUUCCACAGUGCCUUCACAACCUGAUAAUCCAUUUUCCCACCCUGACAAACUCAAAAGGAUGAGCAAGUCCGUUCCAGCAUUUCUCCAAGAUGAGAGUGAUGACAGAGAAACAGAUACAGCAUCAGAAAGCAGUUACCAGCUCAGCAGACACAAGAAGAGCCCAAGCUCUUUAACCAAUCUUAGCAGCUCCUCUGGCAUGACGUCCCUGUCUUCUGUGAGCGGCAGUGUGAUGAGCGUUUACAGUGGAGACUUUGGCAAUCUGGAAGUGAAAGGAAAUAUUCAGUUUGCAGUCGACUAUGUGGACUCACUGAAGGAGUUACAUGUCUUUGUGGCCCAGUGUAAAGACUUAGCAGCAGCGGAUGUCAAAAAACAGCGCUCAGACCCAUAUGUAAAGACCUAUUUGUUACCAGACAAGGGCAAAAUGGGCAAGAAGAAAACACUUGUAGUGAAGAAGACUUUGAAUCCUGUGUAUAAUGAGAUACUGCGGUAUAAAAUCGAAAAGCAAAUCUUAAAAACACAAAAGCUGAACCUCUCUGUUUGGCAUCGGGAUACAUUUAAGCGCAAUAGUUUUCUAGGAGAAGUGGAAGUUGACUUGGAAACUUGGGACUGGGACAACAAACAGAAUAAACAAUUGAAGUGGUACCCUCUGAAGCGAAAGACAGCACCAGUUGCCCUUGAAGCGGAAAACAGAGGUGAAAUGAAGUUAGCUCUCCAGUAUGUCCCAGAGCCAAUUCCUGGUAAAAAGCUUCCUACAACAGGAGAAGUGCACAUCUGGGUGAAGGAAUGUCUUGAUCUACCACAGCUAAGGGGCAGCCAUCUAAAUUCUUUUGUUAAAUGUAUCAUCCUUCCAGAUACAAGUAGGAAAAGUCGUCAAAAAACCAGAGCUGUAGGGAAAACCACCAAUCCUGUCUUCAACCACACCAUGGUGUAUGAUGGGUUCAGGCCUGAAGAUCUGACAGAAGCCUGUGUAGAACUUACUGUCUGGGACCAUUACAAAUUAACCAACCAGUUUUUGGGAGGUCUUCGGAUUGGCUUUGGAACAGGUAAAAGCUAUGGUACUGAAGUGGAUUGGAUGGACUCUACUUCAGAGGAAGUUGCUCUCUGGGAAAAAAUGGUAAAUUCCCCCAACACUUGGAUUGAAGCAACCCUACCUCUCAGAAUGCUGUUGAUUGCCAAAAUUUCAAAAUGAACCCAAAGUCAACUGGCUCUUCCACUGAAAACUACUCAACAGGUGGAAUCUGAUCUUGAAAUGGAUCUGACUAUGUGGACGGAUUCUCACCCGCUGCCUCUUGCCACUAACGGAGGCUACACAGCAUGUUAAAGUCAACCUGCAUAUGCUUCUUUGGUUAUAAGCCGCAAGAGAUUUAAGUAAUAACAGAAUGUGUAACUUAUUUGUGGCUUCAACAUUAAAGAAGAUAUUUGAGAAAGCUAGAAAAAUCAAACGGUUGCUUCAGCUUCAAAGAAAAAGCCGUACAAAAAUAUUAAAUGUUGGGUGCUUUUCACCAGCAAUA